CCCCCCCCCCAAAAAAAAAAAAAAUUGGAGUGCACCCCAAAAUUUACACCUUGGAUCUUCUUCCUCCUCCUCCUCUUCCUCUUCUUCCUCCUCCUCCUCCUCCUCCUCCUCCUCCUCCUCCUCCUCCCGCCCUAAAUCCGCCUUCCCACGGGGCAGCCGGGCCAGGUGGAAAACAGGCCCCAAAAAGGGGGAAAAAGGGGAAAAAAGAGGAAAAAAAGAGGAAAAAAAGAAGAAAAAAAGGAUUAAAAAAUAAAAAAAAAAGAAGGGAAGAGGAUAAAAGGAUGAAAGAAUAAAAGAAUAAAAGAAGGGGGAGAUUAAAAAGGAAAAAAAAAUAAAGGGGGAGAAGGAAGACGAGAGAAGCGAAAGGAGCGCGAAGGAAUUUAAAAAAAAAAAUAAAAGAGGAAAAAGAAGAAGCAAAAAGAAGGAAAAGGGAAUAAAGGAGGAGAGAAGAAGGAGAAAAAGCAGGAGAAAAGGCUGAGUUUUGGGAUGCAGCUGCCCCUGGACAGACCCAGAGCAUUCCCAGGAGCCUGAGUGGAACCAGAGCAGCUCAGGAGGGUCCCAUGGAGCAGGAGGGGACCCCCGAGGAGGCUGCGGGUGGGGACGGAAUUCCCGCUGCUGGGGGUGAAAUUCCCAAUGCUGGGGACACAAUUCCUGGUGGUGGGGACACAAUUCCUGAUGUAGGGGUUGGAAUUCCCAAUGUUGGGGACACAAUUCCCAGUGUUGGGGACACAAUUCCUUAUGUAGGGGUUGGAAUUCCUAGUGCUGGGGAUGGAAUUCCCAGUGUUGGGGACACAAUUCCCAGUGUUGGGGACACAAUUCCCAGUGCUGAGGACACAAAUCCCAAUGUUGGGGACACAAUUCCCAAUGUUGGGGACACAAUUCCCAGUGCUGGGGACACAAUUCCCAAUGUUGGGGACGCAAUUCCCGGUGCAGGACAUGGAAUUCCCAGUGUUGGUGACAGAAUUCCCAGUACUGGUGACACAAUUCCCAGUGUUGAGGAUGAAAUUCCCAACAUUGGUGACACAAUUCCCAACGUUGGUGACACAAUUCCCAAUAUUGAGGAUGAAAUUCCCAACGUUGGUGACACAAUUCCCAACGUUGGUGACACAAUUCCCAAUGUUGAGGAUGAAAUUCCCAACGUUGGUGACACAAUUCCCAAUAUUGGUGACACAAUUCCCAAUAUUGAGGAUGAAAUUCCCAACGUUGGUGACACAAUUCCCAACGCUGGUGACACAAUUCCCAACAUUGGUGACACAAUUCCCAAUAUUGGUGACACAAUUCCCAAUAUUGAGGAUGAAAUUCCCAACGCUGGUGACACCAUUCCCAAUACUGAGGAUGAAAUUCCCAACGUUGGUGACACAAUUCCCAACGCUGGUGACACAAUUCCCAACGUUGGUGACACAAUUCCCCGUGCAGGGCGUGGAACUCCCAGCGUAGGUGACGGAAUCUCCGGGCUUGGGGACACAAUUCCCAGGGCAGGGAAUUCCCAGGAAGGUUCUGGAGGUCCAGCCAGGCAGCAGGAGGGGGUCUCCAGCCCCGAGGGACCCCCGGGGGGCUCCCCCCAGGAGCAGCAGGAGGGGCGGUCCCUACAGGAGAGGGGGUCCUUACAGGAGAGGGGGUCCCCAGAGGAGAGGGGGUCCCUACAGGGGAGGGGGUCCCCAGAGGAGGAGGGGUCCCCUCUGGAGGGAGGGUCCCUACAGGAGGGGGGGUCCCUAGAGGAGAGGGGGAUCCAGCAGGAGGGAGGGUGA